AUUACACUACAGCACCGCGCCUACACGCAACGAUUUACGAUUAGCCUAGCGACUCGGCAUGGCUACUGUCUUCCCCCGUGACGCCGGCGUCUCCACGCCGGAAGCCGACGAGGCUAAGAAAAUCUACGAUGAAGCACGGCGAGUGGUGUCCACCUACGAGACUGUUCCCAGUCCCAGCGGAACCCUGCAGGAUUACUGCCGCCACCCCAGCGGCUGGUGCAUAACCCUGCCGAUCAUGGUGAGCUCCAUGGUCGCAGAGCAGCACUUUGAGGCGCGUGGCACCGACGUGCUCCUUGUUACGAUGCCCAAGUCCGGGACUACCUGGAUCAAGGCCCUCCUCUAUGCUGCGGCCCACCGCACUGACGACACAUCAUCGUCCAUACUCCGGCAGCUCGCCUCCCACAACUCCCACCAGCUCGUUCCUUUCCUCGAGGCCCAGGUCUACACCAAGGACCAGAUUCCAGACCUGAGCUCGCUUCCCGCGCCACGGCUCUUCGCCACGCACAUCCCGGCUGAGUCGCUGCCACCCUCCGUUGUGGCGUCCGGCUGCAAGGUGGUGUACUUGUGCCGGGACCCCAAGGACUGCUUCGUGUCUCUCUGGCACUUUAUGAACAAGUUCACCCCAUGGGACAUCGACGAGGCACACGGCCGGUUCUGCGAGGGUGUCUCGUUGUAUGGGCCAUUUUGGGAGCACGUGCUGAGCUACUGGCGUUGGCACGUCGACCGACCGGGUCAGGUGCUCUUCCUGACUUACGAGGAGCUCAGCGCCGACCCGCUCGGCCAACUGAGGCGCCUAGCCGAGUUCAUUGGGCGCCCCUUCACGCCGGGGGAGCAGGAGGCGGGAGUGGACAGGGAGAUUGCGGAGGCAUGUGCCAUGAAAAGCAUGGUCAACCAGGAGGUGAACCAGUCCAGGACGACCGAAAUCGUUGAGAUGCCGAUUCCCAACGGGAUCUUCUUCCGGCGAGGCGUGGUCGGAGACUGGACCAACUACCUCACGCCGGAGAUGGCAGGAAGGAUCGAUGAGAUUACCAAGAGCAAGUUUGAAGGAUCCGGCCUCAUGCUGCCGAAAACAAUCUCGGAAAUCUCAAAGAUCUAGCAUCCCUCCGUCGUGUUUGAUGUUUGAAAUCGUUCACCUUUUUUUUCUCUUGUUGUAAACUGCACCCUGCUGGCACUGGCUUGGCUGAAUAAAAAAAGCUUGCAUUGUUCUUGUUGAUCAAA